UCCAGCUAACAACAGUAUUCAGUUAUUCGCCGCAUCGCGGCCACAAAGUGGAUCGUAAUCAGCGCGAUCAAACGUAGAUUGCCGCAACAGUUAAGAUCGGAGGACCGAUGUACUGUUCGCGUUACAAUUCACGCGAAGAACUUGUUUAGGUUAAUUGUAUCUGUAGGCUGUAGCCCGAAUAAGUAACGUAAAACGAAUUAUUUUGCGAAGUGAAGAGCAUUGUCAAGAUGUUCCGCUAUAUUUUACUGCUGGCCACCUUGAUCGCCCUGUUGGGGUCGGCACUGGCCGAUAGCGAAUCCCGAAACCGGCAGAACGCGCGGCGCUGUCUGCGCUACGGCCGCAUCGCCCUGGCCGACGGGAGCGCCACGGACGGCUACAAGAACGCCAAGGGCUGCGGAUGCGAAGCGGCCCGCGACCAAGAGUGGAACCAGCCGCAGUUUGCUAACAAUUACGCACCGGUCUGCGCCAGAGACGGCAAGUGGAAAUCGGUGCAGGACGACCAGGUCAACAUGUGGUGCGUGGACAGCCAGGGCAAUCAGGUCUCCCGUGCCGUGCCAAAAAACAGUCGGGGUGGCGCGAAACCCUGCUAAAGAAACCGUAACGUUUGAUAGACUGUUAACUAGUUGUUCAAAUCGCUGCCAACGUAUAGCGCGUUUGAACUGUGUUUGUGGUGAGUUAACUGAAUUAAAAAAUGCCUGUAAAAAACUUUCACAGUUGCUGGACGCAGCGCAGUCACGUGUUAUCUAAUCGUUUGCUUGGAAAUAAAGUUGUUAAUUUAACUGUUUCCGUCACUAUUCUGGAGAACUUCAUGAAA